UUUCACCCACGCGACAUUUAUAGCUUCGAAGUUUCUGUUCGCGAAUAUUUUGUGUUUUAAUAUUAUUAUAGUGUUUACAGUUAUAAACUUUGUGUUACUAUGCAUAACAAUUUUGAAUGUAGGUUUUGAAUAGUUUGUUAAGAGGAAGUUGAUGUUUAAUGUUUAUCUUAUACACCAACCUAACUUUUAGUAUUCUAAUCCCUUUCCAUCGAGUCUACGUCAUUUUCAGCAAUGUACACACGCAUCACCAAUGCCGCGAUAACGCAAAGAUAAAAAGAAUCUUAUCAUUCCACCUCGAUAUCGAGCCGUACGUAGAUGUGUUAAUGUAAAGAUUUAAAACAUACAACAUUGAACAUGCGCGCCAUAAACAGUUUGACAUUUUAUUUUUUAAUUUUCAAUACCGUGCUAGCUCAAGAGGAAGUGACAGAGGAAGUGCACAGAUUAAUAAAAGUGUGUGAAUAUUGUACGUGCAGUGAAAUACCAGAUGUUGAUGGUACUCAUUUGGUUUUAAAUAUUCAGUGUUCUGAAUUGGACAGGAUUGAAAAUCUUGCCGAUUUAGACAAAAUACAGUGGCCCGAUAAUCCAAAUGGAUUGAAAAUUGCGGCAGCAUUCGAAGGCUUGGGACUUUCCACUCUAGGCAAGUUACCGCCUAAUUCGCAAGUAGAAACCCUGAGGUUCAGUAACAAUGCCAUCAAGACGUACUGGCCGGACCCGUUUAGCGAUGUCCCAAACUUGAAGAAACUAUCAUUUACCCAAAACGAACUAGCUGAGAUGACUCCUGAUCUCUUCACCAAUAUCGAAAGUUUGGAGGAUUUAGAUCUUUCUUACAAUAAAUUAACAGAUCUAAAUCCAUUAGAUUUUAAAUUUCUACGUAAUGUAAAAAGACUGAAUUUACAAAGCAAUCUUUUGAAGAAAAUUCCUGUAGAUGCAAUACAGCCAAUGAUUUUACUGGAGGACUUGGAUCUCAGCAAGAACGGCAUAUUCGACUUGUUACUUAGACGAAUUGAAAGUGAACCACUGAAAAGAAUCACGAGAUUAAAUUUGAACGGAAACAGAAUUCGAUCGAUCGUAAAAGAAUCAUUCCCAGAGAACAACAACAUAGAGCUCCUGGAUUUAUCUAACAACAUAAUUGAGGUAGUCGAAGAGGAUUCUUUAUUGUCGUGCACUAAUUUAAGAGAAUUGAAUCUUGCACAGAACAACAUAACGUUCACUUUCGCUUUACCGCCGACGCUUCAAAUCGCUAUAUUGAAGAUAAACACUUUAUAUCACUGGCCAAAGUUUCCAAGCAAUAUCACGUAUAUUGAUUUAUCAUACAAUCGAUUGUCCGCUCUAUACGAUGAGAACAAUGUUAACUUCAAUAAUUUAGAGGUUCUUAGUAUUGGCGGAAACCAAAUUAAAGAUUUUCAUUUGGAAAAUAAAUUGGCCAAACUUUUUAGUCUUGAUAUAUCAUACAACCUCAUUUCCGAUGUACCAAAAUGUUUGAACAGCCAAAUAUUUCCCAAUUUAGAGGAGUUACGGUUAGAUGGCAACCCAAUAGAAAAUAUUUAUUUUAAAAAUAUUUUGGCACUAAAAAGUUUGUAUAUGAAUGAUCUAAAUAAACUAUUUGUGGUUGAAGACAAGGCUUUCAGCAAUGUGAUCGGGCGUAGUAAUGAAGAGUUAUCGGAUUAUAAGAAUUGUUUUACUCUAUUUUUAUCAAACUGUGCCUCGUUGCACAGUAUACAAGAAGGUGCUUUUGAUGGAACAUCUUUAUGCAUGUUAGACAUAAGCAAGAACAAUUUAACAAGUCUGUCCAAAACAUUACUCGACUGGCCAUCGUUGUCAGAGGGCGCCAAUUUGCAGUUCAACCCAUGGCAUUGUUCUUGCGAGCUGCAGUGGCUGCUAGACGACUUACUACCUCAAAUGUACCGGGCUAACUCGAGACUUCUAGCCGAACUGAGAUGUGGGUCCCCGCGUGCUUACGAGGGGCUGCGCCUCGUGCACUGGUACAACUGGACCGAGCAGGCCAUGUGCAACGACCUCUACAUGCGGGCCGGCCCGCACGGCACCUACGUGGUUGAGUCGUCAUCAGACCCAGGAUCGCAGGUGACAUCUCUGACAUUGAUCCUCGCCGGUUGUAUCCUUGUUGCAUUGCUUAUCGCAAUCGCCUUAUUCAUUUACCUGGUGAAGAGUCGAAGGAGACAUAGAAUCAGGCAGGCUGCUUUGAACAGAAAGAGACAGAGUAUGUCUGACGAGAAAAACUCUAAUGGUUUACAAAGAGAACAGUUCACUGCGUUGAACAAAGCUUAAACAUGGUGCCAUAUAUAUACCUCGUUACCAAAAUUUUAAAAUAAAAAUACGUUUAAGAAAUAUGACGGACGAUGAUAAAAUCCUAAUUGGUGAUAAAUCACGUGAAUGAUAGAGUUAAAUUUAAAUAAUGUUCAUAUCAUUUUUAAAAAUGAAUAUAAUUUUUCGAUCUUUACCUUUUAGUUUUAGGAAGCUAAUCUUAAUUAAACAUGUACCCUUUUUGUUCACAUUAGGUGUUAGUUUUAACAGGCCAUUGCUAGUCAAACAUAUAUAUUUAUGUAAACAUGUAUUCUUAAAUUCUUAUCUGUGUAAUUUAUAACAAUAAAUUAAAAAGUUAAUUAAUUCAUAUUUCGGGAACUUCCACUAUUACUAGAUACAUAAAAUGUUUUCAUAGUUAAAUACACGCGUACUUUAGACAAGAGUGCUUGCGCAGAUAUCGUUGUUAAAAUUUAAAAAAACGCGUUUUGCCAUAUUGCGUCUAACAAUAACGUAUACACAGUACAGUACAGUUUAUCAUUGAUAUUAUUUACCAUAUAACACGAACAUCUCUGACAGUCGUGCAAUCUAAUUUGGCAACUACAGACUGACUAAUUUAACAGUCCGUAGAUUGUACUUUAAGUUAAGGAAUAUUUUUUAUAAGUAAUAAUAUAAUGUAAAAAAGUACCAUAAAGUUUAAUGUGAUUGAAAGUUAUAACCACGGGAUACACAUUGUGCAGUUUUCUAUCUUAAUAUAGCUUAGCUUUGCGCGUCACAAAUUAAAAAUACCGACCCUAUAUUGCUUCCGACGUAAAUAGAUAUUUGUAAUUAUUAUAUGUGCGUGGAUUUCAAGCCGACAACCACUGAAUUUUCACGUGCUUAAUUUCUGAUUAUAAAUCAUUUCGUGCUAUACGGUGAAGGAAAACAUCGUGAGGAAACCUGCAUGUGUCUAAUUUCACUGAAAUUCGCCACAUGUGUAUCCCACCAACACGCAUUGGAACAGCAUAGUGAAAUAAGCUCCAUCCAUCUAAGCACCUUCUCCUCAAAAAGGGAGAGGAGGCCUUAACCCAGCAGUGGGACAUUCACAGGUUGUUACUGUAGUGUGGAUGUUGACCAUAAUGUUCCUGACCCGAUCUUCGCCAUUCAUGACCCACAAUAUUGUAAGGUUGUGAUGCACGUAAUGUUUACAUGUAUACCGUAUAGAUAUAUAUUUUUAUAAAGAAGUUCCACAGACAAAAUAUAUUUACAAGAAAUUAUAGUCUAAAAAGCAGUAACAUAGUUUUAUUUUAAAAAGUUUGUAUAUUUUAUGCCAUUGAAACCACAUAGUAUUAAAAUAUACGAUAUUUUUUUAUUAACGUAGCCAUGAUUAAUGUAAUUUGUUAUGUAGUUUUUAAUAAAAAAAUAAUAAUUUUAUAAUUGUAUCAGUUUUUAUCUUCCAAAGGGAUUAAUAAACUUGCGCAGUGUCGUAGGACCAUUC